CGUAGAAACAGCGGAGUAACUUACUUUGUGUGUCUUACCUCUGACUCAUCUCCCGCUAGACUACAAACACAUUCAAGUUAGCUUAGCAUGCUAGCUGGUUAGCACCGCGGCGCUAGUCAGAGUGACUGAUGGAGAGCAAACUGUGUUUCUGACGGUGUUUGUGUGGAGAAAAAGUUGGUGUCACUGUGUGAAAAAUGUCUAAAGUCCAAACGGUGAGAGCGCUGGUGGAGCAGCGACUGACUGCGGCUGCUGAAGAGAUAUUUGGGCUGUUUGAAAGAACGAUAGGAGAGUACGAGGAGGAACUUUGUCGUUCAAGAGAGAAGAACGAGCGACAACAGAAACUACUGGACGCUGUUUUCAACCCUCAGCUUCACUCACAUAGAGCAGACUUGCAGCAGCUGUCGCUGAGUGAAGAAGAGUUUCCCUCUGAGCAGCAGGAGAGGAGCUGCAGUCUGGAUCAGGACCAGGAGGAGCCAGAGCCCCCACACAUUAAAGAGGAACAGGAGGAACCUUGGACCAGUCAGGAGGGAGAGCAGCUUCAUGGACUCACAUUCACUCCUGUCCCUGUGAAGAGUGAAGAAGAUGAAGAGAAACCUCAGUUCUUACAGCUCCAUCAAACACAAACUGAACAGAUUAAAUCAGAAGCUGAUGUAGAGGACUUUGAUGUCCAGCAGCUGUUGGUGAGUGAAGGAGAGGUUCCCUCUGAGCAGCAGGAGAGGAGCUGCAGUCUGGACCAGGACCAGGAGGAGCCAGAGCCCCCACACAUUAAAGAGGAACAGGGGGAACCUUGGACCAGUCAGGAGGGAGAGCAGCUUCAGGGGCUCACAUUCACUCCUGUCCCUGUGAAGAGUGAAGAAGAUGAAGAGAUACCUCAGUCCUCACAGCUUCAUCAAACACAAACUGAACAGAUGGAAACAGAAGCUGAUGGAGAGGACUGUGGAGGACCAGAACCAGACAGGAACUCUGGUCCAGAUCCACAUUUACAACCCGAUUCCAAGGAGGAGCCUGCAGACUCUUCUGAGACUGAGACUGAUGACAGUGGUGAUUGGAAGGAGACCAGAGAACCUCAGUCAGGUUUGAACUGUUUGAAAAAAGAUGGCGGCCCUGUCAGAGAUUCCAGUUUUAGUGCUGGUGAGAAACGAUUUAGCUGCUCUGAAUGUGGGAAAAGUUUUGUCUACAAGUACCUUCUGAAGAGACACAUGGUUACUCAUACAGGAGAGAAACCUUUCAGCUGCUCAGUUUGUAAGAAGUCUUUUACCCAAAGAGAUAGUUUAAGGGUACACAUGAGAAUCCACACAGGAGAGAAACCUUUCAGCUGCACAGUUUGUCAGAACUCCUAUUCACAUAGGUAUAGUUUAAAGCAACAUAUGAGAUGCCACACAAGAGAGAAACCUUUCACCUGCUCAGUUUGUAUCUUUUACCCACAGAGAUAUUUUAAAGUCCCACAUGAGACUCCACACAGGAGAGUAACCUUUCACCUGCUCAGUUUGUGGUAAAGGUUUCUGUGGAAGCUGGCAUCACAAAAUAAUUCACACAGGAGAGAGACCUUUCAGUUGCCCUAUUUGUAGCAAAAGAUUUGCCUGGAUGUCACUUGUCAAAAAGCAUAAAUGUGUUGGCCGCUCGUCCUCAAAGUUUCAUCAAAUUGAGGAGAACAAAGAGGCAGAGCCUCCAGCCAGCAGCCCACAUUAAGAGAUUCAAACAGAAGCUGAUGGAGAGGACUGUGGAAGACCAGAAGCAGCCAGGAACUCAGAUCCAGAUGGACCAGGUACUGAUGAGAAGACUGGAGAUUCUCCUGAACCUGAGACUGAUGACAGUAGUGAUUGGAAGUAAACUAGCAAAACUCAGUCUGCUGUAAAUUCUUAGUAAAAGUCCUCAUCAGUGACAAUGAAAGCCUUUUUGGACCUUUUGGAGUGUGCGCAGAUUCAGUUUGAAGGCUCCAGAGAAGAUCAUCACAUAUUGGUAUGAAACUAGAUGAUCUUAGGAAUCCUUUUGUACAAAAUAUGUUGUGAUCUCUUGUUGGGAAGGGGGUGAAAUUUGUUGUUUAUUUCUUUAUUGAGCAUGUUAUAUGUCUUAAAAGCGUAAUCUUUAUGAAACACAUCCAACAACAAUUCCAAGCAGAACUUUUAGGUAAUACAAGAAACAUAAACUAAACUAACAAAAAUAAAUUAAUAUAUAAAAAUGAAAUUGUAUGAAAAUUUACAAAACUGUUUUUGUUAACGUAUUCCUUUUUCAAUCUUUUUAAAGGACUCGAGAUAGAUUGUCAUGUCUUUUUUUUUUAAAUAUAUAUAUAUAUAUUUACAGAACAAAAGUUUACAAACUGAUAUUUUGAUUCAAUAUUUGAUUGUAGUUUUUUUUUUGGCGAUAAUACAUUUUUACAACCCAUGCAGACACUUUGAGGUUAAUGUGGAGAGAACAUGUGAAAGGAAUAAGAGAAAAAAGUAAGAGAGCAUUAAAUAUUAU